GAAGUAGCAGUGGUUCGUUAUGUGUACCUCACGUCGGUGAGGCUUGAGUAAGUUGGUCGCAUGAGAAAGAGUGACUGUGUAUUGCAGCGUUUGAGACUUGGAAAGAGAAUUUGUCUCUUGAUAAUCAUGUCGCAUUGAAACAUCUCUUUGCAGGGGAGGAGCUUUACUAACUAGCCCCAGUGGACCGGGCUAUCAUAUCAUGUUGCCUUUCAUUACUACGUUCAGAUCUGUGCAGACGACACUACAAACUGACGAAGUUAAAAACGUGCCUUGUGGAACAAGCGGCGGGGUCAUGAUCUAUAUUGACCGAAUAGAAGUGGUUAAUAUGCUGGCUCCUCAUGCAGUGUUUGAUAUCGUGAGGAACUACACUGCAGAUUACGACAAGACUUUGAUCUUCAACAAAAUCCACCACGAGCUGAACCAGUUUUGCAGUGCACACACGCUUCAGGAAGUGUACAUCGAAUUGUUUGAUCAAAUAGAUGAAAACCUGAAGCAAGCCCUGCAGCAAGACUUAAACAUCAUGGCCCCAGGUCUCACUAUCCAGGCUGUGCGUGUUACAAAACCCAAAAUCCCAGAAGCCAUAAGAAGAAAUUUUGAGUUGAUGGAGGCCGAGAAGACGAAACUUCUUAUAGCUGCACAGAAACAGAAGGUUGUGGAAAAAGAAGCUGAGACUGAGAGGAAAAAGGCUGUUAUAGAAGCCGAGAAGAUUGCACAAGUGGCAAAAAUUCAGUUUCAGCAGAAGGUGAUGGAGAAAGAAACGGAAAAGCGCAUUUCUGAAAUUGAAGAUGCGGCGUUCCUGGCCCGGGAGAAGGCGAAAGCAGACGCCGAGUUCUACGCUGCACACAAGCAUGCCACCUCGAACAAGCUUAAACUGACCCCGGCUUACCUGGAGCUCCAGAAGUACCAGGCCAUCGCAUCCAACAGCAAGAUCUACUUUGGCAGCAGCCUCCCCCGCAUGUUUGUGGAGUCCUGCGCGCGGAGGCCCACAGAGAUCUGGACUGGAGGAGAAGGCCCCCUGCCCUCCACAGAAGCCCUCGAGCCCCCUGGAGAGACCCUCCAAAGCCAGGAGGGCACCGGGUGAUGCCAGGGCGGCCCAUCCCCUCGUCCAGUGUGGCCCGGGGCUGGUGGAAACGGUGGCUGUGGACUGGGGCUCGCCGAGGACCCGUGCCUGUCUGCUCUGCCCCCUUGACAGUCCCGGCCCGUCCACUGGUGGCAGGAUGGAGCCGGCUGCCUGGCGCUCGGGUGGUCUCAGCCACAAUGUGACCAAGGCUCCUGUGUGUGUUCCUUCCUAAACUGGCCCUCGUGAGUGAGGGGAGAUGACACCAUGAUGCUGCUGCACUGGAAUGCUCAACACUAAACAUGUGACAGGCGGGGUUCUUCUC